CACCAAACUUGAUGUUUUGUGCAAUUUCAUCGAAAUAGACUUAUUAAAUGCCUGUUUCGAUUUUAUCAUUUUCUUUUGAAGCGAAUGGUUAGUUCUCGUAUUCUCAGCUUUGAACUUUCAAACACUUGCUAAGCCGCUAAAGAAGAGAAACCUCUUUCCAAGCUCUCUUGUCAAUCCCAUUUUCUUUGAGCUUUUGUCUCUUUCUUCUUCAAGAUUCAUCGACAUUCCACGAAACAAUAUUCACAGUUUCAAAGACUCUGCAUUUCUUUAAACUAAAGAUACACUCUUCAAAGAAUCUCACACAUAUCAAAGAAAUAAUGGUCUUCAAUACUAUCAAGAAGAAAAUGUGGAUGUUUUCUCACUAACUUGUCUCCAUAUGUCUCUUAAACCUAAAACCUAUCCCUUUUGCGCUAUGGAAGUUAUGAUCAAAGAUACAAGAAUCACUAACAAACCUGUUAAACAACCAAGUUUCCCUCUCCAAAAGCUCUCUUUCCGGUUCGCCCCUGCCACUCGUCCUCCAGGCCUAAUCUGCUCCGCUUUUCGCUCAUAAAACAUAAGAGGCCAACAUUUUUAGGCUAUUCUGUUUUUCUUCUUUCAUUCAAUGGUUUCUUACUGCAAUUAUAACGCCAAUUCUUCGUCUGGGAUCGGUUAUUUUAACACUUUGGACCCAUUUUCCUUCCGUUUACAAGGUUUUAAUGGGGUUUUGCGAGAUGGAUCGAUGGUGUCGCAGGCCCUAGUGUUGGAUAAUGAGAAGGGAGAACUUGUAAAGGCACCGGUGACGAGAGUCGGGAAAAAAGUACCUUCUGAGGCCAAGGCUCUGGCAGCUCUGAAGAGCCAUAGCGAGGCAGAGAGGAGGAGAAGAGAGAGAAUCAACGCCCAUCUUGCUACUCUUCGCGGUCUUGUGCCCUGCACAGAAAAAGAUGUUUGUAAUAAACGUGGUCUGGCUGCUGAGAAUCUGCAAAAGUUUAAGACCUAAAGAUCGGAUACCAAUUUAUUGUAUUAAGAAUAAGGCGUAGGAUUAAAUCUGAGUUGAUUUUGCUAGACUGCAUGAAAAUCAUAACAGGGUAGGAGGAAGUAUUAGCUUUGACAAGUGAAAGAACUGAAGAAGAAAGCAAUAGACGCCAGUAAAGGCCUUCUUAUUCCAAUGGAUGAUGAUGAAGUGAAGGUUGAAACCUUUGACAAUGGAGCAGAAGAUGGAACUUUGUGUUUCAAAGCAUCCAUAUGUUGCGAUUAUCGACCUGAGCUUAUGUAUGACAUAAAA